CAUCCCUUAAUUAAAACCCGGCACCUCAUCAACCAUUACAAGAACAAAACAAAACACACAUUUCUCCCGCACUACAACAGGUGUUCUCCCCCCCAGGUGUCGUGGAUCAGGCGCCAGGACCUGCACGUGCUGACCACAGGUAACUUCACGUACGCGACGGACACGAGGUUCCGCGCGCUGCACCUGCCCGGCUCGCCCUUCUGGAGCCUGGAGGUGGACCGGCCCGCCAUCACUGACUCCGACCUCUACGAGUGCCAGGUGUCUACGCAGCCCAAGAUAUUCCGCCGCUUCAGGCUCAGCGUUGUGGUCCCCAGCGCGCGCAUCACCGGCCCCAGGGAGAUCUUCAUGAAGGCGGGCAGCGACAUCAACAUCACGUGCGUGAAGGGCGCCAUCAGGGGAGCGCCCGUCACCUGGUACCACGUGCUGCCCCGCUACCUACGUGAGUACACACGGGGGGGGAAGAAGGGAAAGACAGUCGACUCCAAACUCAGCUUUGACCGCCACCUAGAGAACGUGGCGCGCAAGGCGUCCCUGAGAGUGACACUCCUGCGUCGAGUCCGCCACCUUCUCGACACUGAUGGACUCCUAAGGCCUUACAAGGCCCAGGUGAGGCCCAUCAUGGAGUACAGGCUGUACAGCCCCCUCACAUGGAUGAGGAGCGCCCAGUGCCACCUCUCCCUGUUGUACCGGGUGCAGAGGCGUGCCGAACGCCUCAUAUACGGUGCCAGUGACCAGCAGCAGCAGCAGCAGCAGGGACGACAAAGGGGACACCGGCAAUGGCAACAGCAACAACAACAGCAGCACCACCGUCACCACCCGAGACAGGACGUUCCCCGCCACCAGAUGGAUAGUCUGAAGCACCGCAGGAGGUCAGAGCGAGCUACGAGAGCGGUAGCGUCCGGUGAUCUCCUCGAAGUCCCGAGGACCCGUACGCUGAGGUGUCAGCGGGCUUUCACUUGUGUCACAGCAAUACUGCGGAACGCCUUCAAGACCGAGGUGGACCUAUCAGGCCUGAGCACCCAGCGCCGUCCUCCCUGGCAAUCACGCCUGUCUCUUCUCCCUCGCCCUACAAACAAGAAGACAAUUAUUAUCACCCACAACUCCAUCUCCUCUCUCCUCCCCGCAGCCAAGGAGGAGCUGGUGGAGAUCAACGCCGGGGGUCGGGGCGGCGUGCAGCUCGUGACGGACAAGAACUCGGGCACCAGCUGGCUCCUGGUCACCCACGCCACCUGGAGGGACGCCGGGAACUAUACGUGCGCGCCCGUGCACGCCACGCCCGCCUCGGUGUCCGUCCACGUGCUCGACGAGGCUCCAGCCGAGCUCCAAAACGACCCCCAGCCGAGCCGGGCCCAGACGUCCACCCAAGGAACGCCAGGCCUUCCGCUGCUCCUGCUGGGGCUUCACCGUCUGCUGGGGCGCAACAGGACGAGAACGUGGUGCCUCUGGGUUCUCCUGGCUGCCUGUCUAGGGUUCUCCAGCGCCGUCAGUGGUACGGGUGGCCUUCAGGACGUCUCUCAGACUAGGCCCUACACUGUGUGUGGAGGAAAUUAUCAACGGCAUCCCGAGUAACGACACCAGCACCCAGCCGGUGGCCACACAAGCUGCACGCAAGAAGCUCUCAGCCCGCUCUUAGAUGCCACCCCGGAUGCCGGCCUGGUGCACCCCCUUGUACUCCUCCUGGAGAGGGCAGACAAACUCGGGCGCUGUCGUGUUGUUCGUCAAGCUGCUCCGCUCGCCGCACACCAACGUAACAUGCAGAGCAAGCCGUGUGGGCGCCGGGAAACACUGCUGGCGAUGGCCCCAAACUCAGAGACUUCGUCAUUAAGGCUGGCAUUGUACAACCUCUUUUGAAACUCAUUAGACCAGACACAGAGACUGCCGAGAUCAACGAGGUGGACCGCCUGGACCAGAUGACUGAGGAGUGCGGCGGACUGGACAAGACCGAGGACUGCAGCACCACGACAACGAGGCCGUGUACGAGAAGGCCCUGGAUGGAUAUCAUCGAGAAGUGUUCCGGCGAGGAGGAGGGCCCCGAGGUGAGCAGCCCCACCAGUGGCCAGGUGUACGACUACUCUGCCGUGAACAACGUGCCUGAGGGUGGAUUCUCUUUCUAGGACUUCAGUGUGCGUGUCUGGCAAGGGAGGAGCAGCAGCAGGCAGGGUGUGUGUUCCACGGCGGAAUAAUGUGAUAAUGUAUCUAACCGUCAAUCUCACUUGUCUAAGUGACCUCUGCAGCAUGUUUUACUGGGCCUUCAGUGGACCCGCUGGUGCCUCAAUGUUUUACUGGGCCUUCAGCGGACCCGCUGGUGCCUCAGUGUUUUACUGGGCCUUCAGUGGACCCGCUGGUGCCUCAAUGUUUUACUGGGCCUUCAGCGGACCCGCUGGUGCCUCAGUGUUUUCCUGGGCCUUCAGUGGACCCGCUGGUGCCUCAAUGUUUUACUGGGCCUUCAGUGGACCCGCUGGUGCCUCAGUGUUUUACUGGGCCUUCAGUGGACCCGCUGGUGCCUCAGUGUUUUACUGGGCCUUCAGUGGACCCGCUGGUGCCUCAAUGUUUUACUGGGCCUUGAGUGGACCCUCUGGUGCCUCAAUGUUUUACUGGGCCUUCAGUGGACCCGCUGGUGCCUCAAUGUUUUACUGGGCCUUCAGUGGACCCGCUGGUGCCUCUGUGUGUCUUUCAAAAUUGUUUGCUUGAUAGGCUGAAGCUUGAGGAAUUCUGUGGAUUACUUUUCAUAUCAGGUAAUGGCUUUUUACCUGUUUUUUUUAUUCAUCCAAUAAAUUUAUCUUUAUAAACUGCCUAAUGCAUUUGACGCAACUGAUAUUUUGUAAUAAGGGACCAAAUAAACUCGUGCCAGAUGAUGAAACAUUUGAUCAUCCAGCACAGUGUAUCCUUCUCAACCUGUCAAAGAUAUUUUCCUACAUCAAUAAAGUUAAAAUAAGU